AUGCCUGCCAUCGCUUCCUUCCCUCGAUCGCUCUACAAUGACUCUCCACCCGAGCCCCGUUCACGCACUCUGAAUAAUCCCACGCUGCUCUACAGCUGGUGGACCACCAUGUUCUCACUGGUCAUAAUCCUGUUCCGCGUUGGCGGUCGCUACAUCAGAAACGAGCAACUGUUUACCGAAGACAGGGUCAUGGCUUUCAGCAUCAUUCCCCUCAUGGCCAGAAUGGGCUUGAUACACGUCGUCCUCAUCUUCGGUACCAACAAUGUGGACACGACGGAUCUGAUGGACCCAGUCAAGAUACACCAACGAGAGAUUGGUUCCAAGGCCGUGCUUGCUGCGAGGAUUUUCUACGCCUUCUUCAUCUGGACGGCCAAAUUCGCCGUUUCCGAGUUCCUCAAGCGCAUGACGGAGCGCUACUGGAAACGAGGCUACGAGUACUGUCUCCGUGCCCUUCGCGUCUUCCUCGUCGUUACCUUCUUCGCCGUCGUGAUUUCCACCCUCACCGAAUGCCAACCCUUCAACCACUACUGGCAGGUUAUACCUGACCCGGGACCGAAAUGCCGCCAAGGUUACGCACACUUGCUCACCAUGGGCAUAACCGAUAUCGUUACUGACGUCUUCCUUGUCGUCUUCCCGAUCCCCAUCAUCCUCGGCUCCGGUAUGCCCUUGAGGCGAAAGAUAUCCCUCGUCUUGCUCUUCUCUCUCUCCCUCGGUCUGAUCGUGAUUGUCGCUGCUCGAAUCCCAUUGGUCAUCCAACGUCGUGGAAUCCAGCAAUUCCGCACCGUCAUGGCAUCCUCCGAGAUUCUGGCGGCAACCUUCGUAUCCAACGCCAUCGUUCUCGGCUCCUUCCUGCGGGAUCGAGGCGUCAAGAAACCAAAGUACAAGAGCGGUUCCACGACUGAUAGUCUCGAUCGCAGAUCGUCCACCCGCAGGCCCACUCUAUCGCCGAUUGACAGUGACGAAUAUCUGGCUCGCUCAUUGGGGUACCGCACAAAUCCGGAACUGAGGGAUGACAAGGCAAAGGCAGCACGUCCAGCUCCAGUGGCAGACCUGAGCCUCCUUGAGCCUGCGCCAUUCGCUGGGAGCAACUGGCGUUUUCCCGACGCGAAAUCGAGCGAUGCAACGCAUGUUGGGGUCGUCGUUCCCAACUCGUGGCCCGGCGAAGACCCUCAUCCCAGCCCCCGAUGUGGCCGCAGAGUAUCCUUCUUCGACGCUGGAGGUCUUCUGAACGAGGCUCCGAGCUCGGGUGUUUCGCCUACGGAUUCCAUCGUCACCCACGACUUCGCUUUUCCGGGGCCAAGGCGUCCAUCCAGAGCGUCGAGCUCGCUUGCUUCCCAUGGGCGAGCCCAUGGGCUCCCGCGUCGCUCCUCCCAUGUGUCUCAGCAGUCUGAUGAUUCGGGGAUGCCCACACCUGCUGCUGCGCAACUACAGGAUUUACGUUCCAUCCUGUCUGAGGGCAAUGAGCAAGGACCAAGGCGAGAGCACCCUUCCACCCUCCCACCCAUUCAAGAUGCAGGUGGACUUCUUUCUUCUUCUUCCUCUUCCUCUUCUUCGCCUUCUUCUUCGUCCACGUCGACCCCGCCCAAGUAG